CCCCCCCCCCCCCCCCUUCUUUGAACCUGCUUAAUUUUUGUUCGUUCACAUCGUCAAAAUCAAUCAGUAUUGUGGCCAUCCAACUCUAAUUCAUCGUGGCAGUGUGUACCCUGAAUUUGUAAGCCGGCUCCUGUGUCCUUGAAGGCUAAGGAAUUGCUAGCCGUCAGUGUGUACCCUGAAUUCCGAAUUUCGACUUGGCUCCUGUGUCCUUGAAGGCUAAGGAAUUGCUAGCUGACGCUUGUGUGUGUAUGUUUGUAGGGUCCUUGAUGUUUGUAUGCUCUUUUUUAACUUGGUCCUUGAAGCCUCCACGGUAGAAAUGCAAAUACUGAACAUAUACAAUUAUUUUGUUUAAUUUGCGGAUGGAGAGAGCUUUGAGCCAACAUGUGGUCAUCAGCUUGCAAUGAAAUGGCAGCUGGCAUAUAUUUUUGUUUGUUUGUCUGGGUUGAUGUUUCCAUCCCCAGCUAGCAAUGAAUGCAGGAGGGAUAAGUGUGUUGCAAUUUUUGUUUUGUUCUCUUCGUGAAAAUCAGUCAGUAUUUGUGGCCAUCCAACUCGAAACUCGUUGUCGCAGUGUUCAUCAUGUGAUCCUUUUUCGAAAGGCUAAGGGGAGGUGAGGGGCGGUAGUUGUUAGUUCGUGUGUGUAAGUAUGUAUGAUCUGUUCUCAUGCAUCAUUGAAGGCUCAUACAGUAGAAUGCAAAUUCUGAAUGAAUGGUAUGUGUCAUGUUAUGUCCUUUAUGACUGUUUGCAAGUUUGGGGAUGAAGGGUCACUCGAACUAACAUCGGGUUUCGUUUUUUGCCUCAAACUAACAUAUCGUAGUUUGUUUGUUCCUGCGAAACAGUUUUCAGAGUAUGAUGUUAUGGAAGUCGUUGAGUAUGUAAUUUUUCUGAGUUGACUCUCUAAUUGAGUUAUAGCUAACUGUUUUCGUGAGAGUCUGUAAUUCUUCAGAAGUUGACUCUGUUAUUUUUUCAGAGCAUACAUCAUGUGUUUUUCAGUUUUUCUAAUUUGUUCGGAGAGCAUGCAUUUUAUAUUCAAAGAGUGUGACUCACCAGUUAGUAUUCAGUGAGGAUCAUCUUUUUAUUUUUUAGCAGUUUGAUAACAUAUCUUCAGUUUUUUUGUAAGGGCUCCCUCAAGCUAUUUAUGUCGAAUGCUUUGCCUGCCCAACUAUAAGUGCACCAUCAGUGCAGCAUAUAUUACCAGUAGACUUUAUAUGCAUUCCACCCACUCUGUUUUGUCUGCGCGCAAGCGAAUAACAUUGAUGUCAAAUGUAUACCUGAAUAGAGACCAAUAACUCUCUAGAAUCACUUCAGCUAGCUGACAAAUGAGGAGGAUCAGGCAAUGUUCAUAUAGUUUGAAACAUCAUUUUCAGUAAUUUUCAGUAAUCUGUUUUUUUAUCAGAGAGUUGACCAUCAGUCAAUGUUCAGAGUUUUUCAACCCAUGAGUAAAUGCUUAGAGAGGAUGACUUGAUUUUUUCUUUCCUUCCGAGUAGUAGUCUCAGCUUUGUAAAUAGUCGAUGUUUUGGUUUAAUUAGUACUGUAGUUUUUCUCAAUGUACACCAUAACGUUUUUUAACUCAGUUAUUUUUUUGUGUUUUCUUAAACAUGAGCUUUUAAACGAAGAUACAAUUCCUGAGCCUUUGGAGUCAAACAACAACAGUCAAAAGGAUGAUUCAGGGGUUGAUAGCAUGAAUGAACAAGAGGAGCAAAGUAUAGUUGAUAUGACAGAAUCAGAUGCAUCAGACGUCAUGCUGAUCAAUGGCCUGAGAACAAUUUUACAGAAAAGACAAGAGAGGAAGCAGGAGAGGAGUGCUUUGAAAGAGAAAAGGAAGAAGAGGACAAGGGCAGAGGAAGGAAAAGCCAAAGGGCACAUGAACAAAGGAAGAGCAACUGCAUACAACAUGUUUAGCAUUGGAUAUUUCGCGAAGAUUGUUGAUGUUGUGUGCAAAAGCAAUCAUAGGAUGGAGGUUGUCAGUAACGGCGGUUUUGGAUACUUGCUCGAGCUAGAUGAUUGUUAUGUUCCAAGGCCUUUUGCUCAGUGGGUCGCGGACAACAUAUCCACAAAAGAGGAAGCAAUUGUACUUGGUGGCAAAUCAAUCUCUCUCAACCCUGAAGCCGUAUCAUUAGUUCUUGGUAUACCAGCAGGAAGAACAAAGAUCAGAGUGCUCGACGAGGAGUCCGGGAAAGCGGUGUUUCUAUCACUGUUUGGGCUAACAGAUCUUCCAUCAAUAAGUUUCUUCGGGAAUAAGCUUAUGAAGGAAGAGCUGCCUGACGACGUUUAUCUUCGCUGCUUCUUGACUGUCGCCCUAGCAACCUUCCUGUGUCCCACAUCCAACACAAAGCCAAGCACCAAAUAUUUGGGAGCACUUGUGGAUGUGUCAAAGUACAAAGAUCUUGAUUGGUGCUCUUUUGUCCAUACAUGGAAUAUCUCUAUGUCAAGAAGUACCAAACAGACAAGCUGAAGCAGAAACGGAUAACAACGACUUUGGGAGGCUGCAUAUAUCAGCUAGCAGUUCGGUGUCUAGACUUCAACAAUUUUGGAUCAAUAACAAUCCCUCCAGCACUACCUAGGAUUUGUUUCUGGAAAGGACAAACCAUUAAACAUUUCAGUGAUAUGCUCCUCGGGAAAGAUGGACUCUAUGGAGCUCUUCAAAUCAAAGAUGAGGCAGAAACUUGCUAUGCACAAACUGACGGUGCAUGGGCAAGCACCGCCAAGAACUCAAACAUAAAAAAAGCUAUACAAAGGGUCUUAGGCAACUCUUUUUCAGAGAAGAUCAAAGAAGAUAUAUUCCUCAGUUUCCAGGAGCGCAUAAAAGAUCAAAACCUGACCACAUGUCUGAUAGCAAAACAAGUGCUGCUAGACAGUUUGAACAUUGUUUCUUCUUAUUUCAAUGGCUCUCAACGUACAGAGAAGUUAGAGUCCUCCGAGCAUUUAUACAUGCCAACUGACGAAGAUAAUGGGUCUGGCAGUACUAUUAGAGUUGAUUCCAAUGGGAUUGAAAUAAACAGUGAUGGAAGAGGCAGGAAGAAGAGAAUGAAGACUAGUACACAAGAGUCAGAAACUUCAGAAACUAAGGACAAUCAAUUGGAAGUUAAAAUAAAGGGAGGCAUACUUGAAGUAGCUGUAGAAGGAGGUGAAGCCGAAAUGCAGUCACUACCGGGCAAUGGUCACACAAACAAGCUCGAAAAAGAAGCUCGAAUGGAACAAACCAUGCAGAAUAGCAACAUUGCAACACAGCAACCAGAGAUGAAUAUGCUUGAUGCAGAUACCAAUAUCCCCAAGUGCACUGCUUGUGAUUGUUCUGCUCAAAAAGAAGCACCAGAAAAGAGCACUAGUCUGAACUACAUGUUGUUAUCAGCUAGAUUGGCAAGAGCACUGGAAACGACAGAACAAGACAUCAACUCAAAGGAGGAAGCCAGCACGCAUGUACCACCAACUUUCCCAGGUUUCCAACAAAACGCUAUUAACAGUAAUCAAUCUGAGCAUUGCAUCGAAACCAAGACAUUGUAUCAAGAAAACAAAGCAGCAGCAAUUGAGUGUGUGGAACUAGACACCACUGCCUCCCCACAAGACAACAAUAACCAAGAUGAUUUUCGUUUCAAUGAAGUCAAGGAGCAGGGGAAACAUGCAGGACUUGAUAUUGAUAUCAACAUAUCACUAUCAAACAGUGGUGUAGAUGACAAGCUGAAACAGGUGGAAGAUUUCCAACACACUAUGCAUCCAUUGGACGUUGCAAGACAAAAGUAUUUCUUUUCUGAUGAUAUGACACCUAGCUGCAGAAUUUUUGUUGACCAUGAUGAUUGUGGGAACAAAAUAACAGAGCCAGAAUUGUGGCGUGAUUUAGACAUGGACUCGAAUGCAUACGAAGCCCAGAUAGAGCAUGAGAAAACAGCGCUUGUCGAUUCCUCCAUACAUUGUGCGCAGAGAGAGCCCGCGACAACAGAAAUGUGCAAGUACAGAAACUUUCUUCCCGGGUUCGAAGAAAUAGACGACAUUAUUGACUUGACAUCUCCUGCCGCACACACACCAAAGACCUGGACAAUACAAAAAUAUCUUACUACCGAAUGAGGACAUGGAACUAUGAGAAUGUUGAAAGCUCAUCACAAAAGAACAAGAAGAGCUACUUGACAACACCAUUUAUUGGCAAGAGGCUUUUUACAGACGAGUUCAUUGAAGAAGAUGACCAAGAUGGGACCGAAGAUCAACCAAUCAAUGUCAACAAUGUGUUUCAAGUAUCUCCGGACGUUCAAAUUCUGGGGGAGAGAGUAUUCAAUGGUUCAUGCUCUAAUAUGGUAAACACAGUAGACAAUCUGUACAAACAUCAAGCUUACAUUAGGCAGUUACUCAAGUGGCAAGGAAAAUCUGCCUCCCAAAAGGCUUGUACGCCCAAGCAAGUAUCAAUGCUCACCUUUCGAGCACGAUAUGAGAGGUGCUCUCAUGCCACUUGAGAAGCAGCUACACAACAACAUUGUGACACUAAGCAAAUUUGAACCAAACAGAAGGUUUUUUCUAUA